GUGCUAGCCUAGCCUAGCCGCGCUGCCGAGCAGUGACAUGCUUUGAUACAGAAAUGCUCUUCCAACGGGGCACAGCGUCUCUCAGCUAGGCUAACUCACUGGAGGUGGGAAAUUAACUGGCUGCCAGCUAGGACUCUGGAUAUCAUUUGCGUGCAACCACUUCCACUGUCUUGCCUGACGUUUUCUACACGUUUAAUAUCCCCCCCUCCCCUCCCCGGCCUGAAGGAGAGGAGAAGAGGUGGCCAUCGGCAAUUAAGGGGUCAACAGAGACGUAUCAGAGCCCUUGAAGUUCUCAGCUUUGAUGCAGUACAGUGCACCUAGUGCAAGAUGACGGAAGAGGUGAUUGUCAUCGCCAAGUUCGACUACAUGGCCCAGCAGGACCAGGAGCUGGACAUCAAGAAAAACGAGCGCCUCUGGCUCCUAGACGACUCCAAGUCCUGGUGGAGGGUUCGAAAUGCCACCAACAAAACAGGCUUUGUGCCGUCCAACUAUGUGGAGAGGAAAAACAGUGCCAGGAAAGCUUCUAUUGUCAAGAACCUCAAAGACACACUUGGAAUUGGGAAGGUGAAGAGCAGGAAGGGGGGAGUGAGAGACACAGCCUCCAACGCAGACACAGACAUGUGCACAGAUAACGGCGAGCGGCUGUACGACCUCAACCUGCCCGCCCUCGUCAAGUUCAGCUACUCAGCAGAGCGCGAGGACGAGCUGUCUCUGGUGAAAGGCACGCGGGUGGUGGUGAUGGAGAAGUGCAGCGACGGCUGGUGGCGCGGCAGCUACAACGGACGCUCUGGCUGGUUUCCGUCCAACUACGUGACGGAGGACAUGGAUGGGACAGCGGGGGGAGUUGGUAUGGGCGGGCUCGGAGACCCACCCGGAUCGCUGACAGAGAAGCUGGCGGCCGUGAUGAACAGCACCACGAACGGGAACCGAGUGCUGCACACGGUUCAGGCGCUGUACCCUUUCGGCUCGGGCAACGACGAGGAGCUAAACUUUGAGAAAGGCGAGGUGAUGGAGGUCGUGGAGAAGCCGGAGAACGACCCCGAGUGGUGGAAGUGUCGCAAAGCGGACGGACAGCUGGGCUUGGUGCCUAAAAACUACGUCACUGUGCUGGACUCCACCUCCCAUAAACCCACAGCGGGGCCUGCUGGGCCACCCACGCCUGACUGUGACUACAUCUCGCCCUCAGGCAGCGGGCGGUUCGCGGGGAAGGAGUGGUACUACGGCAAGGUGACGCGCCACCAGGCGGAGGUGGCCCUCAACCAGAGAGGCAUAGAGGGAGACUUCCUCAUCCGAGACAGCGAGUCAUCGCCAAACGACUUCUCCAUCUCCCUGAAGGCGCAGAGCAAGAACAAGCAUUUCAAAGUGCAGCUGAAGGAAAACCUUUACUGCAUUGGACAGCGCAAGUUCAACUCUAUGGAAGAGCUUGUUGAACACUACAAAAAGGCCCCCAUCUUCACCAGUGAGCAGGGAGACAAACUGUACCUGAUCAAGGCCCUGGCUGCCUCCUGAUCCCUCUCUGUCACACACACACACACACACACACACACACACACACACACACACACACCCAC